ACCCAAAACCCUAAACCCUAUUUUAUUUUCUUGAUUCUCUCUCUCUCUGUCUCCCUCUCCCUCUCUCCCCCUAUGCAAUCGUUCAACCAAAACAGUGCCCGUGCGUAUGGCAAGUCCACUGGUCAUGGCUUCUACAGCAGCUUUUGCUUCAAAUACGAUCAGCCAGCUAAAGAUUUGUAGUUUCAGAACUUCAGCACCAAUCACAAGGGCUCUGAUUCCACCAAAAGGAAUAAUCUUUGGCUCUUCAUUUAGGUUGGCUUCACCUUCCAGGAGGGACUCAUUUUCCACGAUCAGUAACUACCAGAGCCAGACGGAGGAGCUUCCUAGCUUCUCAUUUCUGGAAGGAAUUUUCAUGCAAUCAAUAUCUCCUUCGGAAAUUGGCAGUUUGAAGCAGGCUGAUCCUGAGAUACAGGCCUCGAAGGUGGUUGGGGAAGUGAAAUUGGACUCAUCAAAGUUCGAGGAGGAGGCAAAGAAGAUUCAAACAUCAGUUGCAUUCCAUCUGCAAAAGAAAUUAAAGAAAGAUAGAAGGUCCCUCUAUCCUCACAUAACUGCAGCUCCAAGGGACAAGCUUGACUGCAACGAGAUUCUCCUAUAUCCCCACAUUACUGAGUCCACAUUGAAGAUUAUUAUCAACAAUAACACUUUGGUUUUUACAGUACACAGACGUGCCAACAAGAGUAAUAUAAAGGAUGCUGUCAAAAAGAUGUUCAACAUUCAAAGCAAGAAAGUGAAUACCUUGGUUAUGCCUGAUGGUACGAAGAAAGCAUAUGUUAAGUUGAAGCCGGACAAUAAUGCAUUGGAAAUUGCAAAGAAGAUUAAGAUGAUCUAAGUUGGAGAGUUCGAUACUCUGGUCAAGCAAUUACAUUCACGAAUUUUCAUCUAAGGUGUGUUUUGUGUUGGAGCUUCAAGCAAGAAGCAUUUCAAAGUCAGCUUUCUAGUUGUAUAUUCCUGGGUUGUAGAUCAGACAGGCAGUCUUUUGAUGCAAUGUGGUUUGAUUGACAUUGGAACAGCAGCAGAGACACAAUUACAUUGAGUUUAUGAUUCAGGAAGAGUGGAACUAAAUUGAAAAACUUCAUUGCUCUCUCAUCUAA